AUGAAGAGCGGAUCCAUCUAUGAAGGCCAGGUGAACGACCUUAAUGAAAGACAUGGCUAUGGAGUCUACUCAGUAGUUGCUGGCGGCAGGUACGAAGGAGAAUGGGUCAAAGGAUUCAAACAUGGCCAAGGCAAAUUCUUUACAAAAGAAGGUACACUUGGCUAUGAAGGCGAGUGGGAAUGUGGCGAACCUCAUGGUGUUGGCAAAACCUAUAACGCUGCUGGUAACUGUACCUAUGAAGGAGAAUUCAAGAAAGGAUUUAAGAAAGGAAGCCGUAGGAUAACUUAUAGAGACUUGAUGAAAAAGAAGGCUUAA